UGCUCCGUACGCGUUCGUUUAGUCGCGCGUCUUUAGCGUUCGCCCGACGCCGGGAUCGUCCUCAGUGAAUAUGACGCGCAACGGGCGCGUCGUACUCGUCGCGAUUGAGGCCCGUCUCGAGUCCCGCGGCCUCAGCCGAUCGCAUGGAAAUCGCGUAAAAAUCGCGCGAGUUUCACUUUAACUUUAUACAGUGGUCCCGAGAAGUGUAUGCACGCAAACAUCGCAAAAUAGUUUCUUCUUCCCGAUUCUUCAUACAGAUCAGAUAAAUUCGCUUUUACAGCCUUAAUAUUAAUAUGCGAGUUCGAAACACUUCAAGUAGUGACUUCAACGCGCGCAAUCGCAUAAAAAAAUGAAUGUGGAGUCAUACGCGGGUUGCAAUUUUACACUGAUAGCGUAUAGAGCCACAUAUAUUUUCAUUUCUAUACAGGUUUAUCGUUGAACUAAUACCGCGUCUUUCUGUGACCUAAAACUGAUGGAGAGUCAUCCGCCGUGCUGCUACAUUAUUCGAGGACAGGGGGAUGAUAAACGAUUACCGAAGGGAAUUGUUGUCGGUGACACGAGACGGCGACGCAAUCCGGAACCGAUAAUCGCGAGCCGAUUAGAUAAAAAUAUGGCCGCUUGUCAUUCGACACCUGCGAUGCAACGUCUGCAGUUGCAGGACUCGACUCGGAUCGACUACGGUGCGAUCAAUGGCAUAGGUGCCUCGAGUCAGAAGGCUCUUCAGCAGUCGACCUACCCGCCGCAUCUACUCAAUUGGUUCUAUCUGGCUAUCGCCAAACAAAGCCCGUCGCAACCACCUGAUCAGAGCAAGCUAUCGCUUCCUGCUUCCUACUCCUGGAGCAACUUUUCCGGUACGUCGUCGCAAAUUUAUCCACAUCAGAACGCGUUGAAUCCGUCCGGAUCCGUCAGACCCAUGAGAGAUAGCACGUCGGAAAGUAUCGCGGAUUUAGCGAUACACUUCAACGAGUUAGCCGUAGGCGAUCGGAAACCGGCGAAGAAGCCGCCGUCAACGUAUCUGUGUCAUUUGUGCUUCAAGAAAGGGCACUACAUCAAGGAUUGCCCGCAGGCACGACCGAAGGGCGAGGGCCUGACGCCGUACCAGGGCAAGAAGCGGUGCUUUGGCGAAUACAAGUGUCCCAAGUGCAAGCGCAAAUGGAUGUCGGGCAACAGCUGGGCCAAUAUGGGCCAGGAGUGCAUCAAGUGCCACAUCAACGUGUAUCCUCACAAACAGAGGCCGUUGGAAAAACCCGAUGGUCUGGAUGUGUCCGACCAGAGCAAGGUGCACCCUCAACAUCUCUGCGAGAAGUGUAAGACGUUGGGCUACUAUUGCAGACGCAGCGCGAUAAUGACUGAACAAUAGUCCGAAUUCCGUCCAAUUUAUCUCGCUGAUCCAAUUAAUCGCAGGAAAGGAAGGGUUUAAUGGUGACCUGAGGAAAAACAAUUCGUUCGAUACACUUAAACGCAUCAAUUGGAUCGAUGUGGAUCUAGACAAAGUGUCUAUCUCUAUUCGCGAGAUUAAAUACGAAUUAAAUCAUAUAUAGAGAGAAACAGAGGAAUAAAAUGAUAUAUAUUUUUAUGUACAUUUACGAUUAGAAUUUUUUUAUCGCACGAUUUUUGGCGACGAUCAAAGACGCGGCGUUCAACCGCAGCUUUAUGAUGUAUAUGUAUAUAUAUUAAAUAUACAUAAAAUAUAUUGAAGAGUAAUAUUAACUACACGGAAACAAAGUGCACGCAAGUGCCAGCAAUAGAAUUUUUUGACUUUCCAAUGUUUGAUAACGAGUACCUAUCCGUACACGCGGUGAAAUGCGUGUUAUUCGCGUUAAAAAAAAAAAA